AGGUAAGAAUCCAUACAUUUGCAAAAAAAGGUUUCCCCCUUCAGAAACACCCCAAUUCACCAUCAUCAUUCCCCUUUGUGUCCCAAUCCUCUUCUUCCCCUUAUCAUAUUUGUCACCAUUGAAUGUUUCAAUAUUCACAGCUCAAAUUUUGUUUUAAGGUCAUUCGGGGUCUUUCUUUCGAAAGGGCAUUCGGGUCUUGCUCUUUUGUGUUUCUGAAUAUAGAAAUUUUACAAUAAUCGCCUACCUUGUUUGUUGUUAUAUAUGUUGUGUAUAUUCUGUACAUAUAUGAUAUAUGAUUAACUAUUACAUCCAAGAAAUUUAAAAAAGAGAUUAAAAAUUGGCGGGAAUUCAUACAAUGUCAAUUGUUGACGUUGCUUUGACUCCGGUUUUGAAGAAGUCCGGCUCCGGGUGCUUCGGGAGCAGCGAAUCGAUUGUGAUUUAUAUCACGGUUGGCGGUUUGGUUAUACCGAUGAGGGUUAUGGAGUCGGAUUCGAUUGGUACGGUUAAACAUAGGAUUCAAACGUGUAACGGGUUUGUGGUGAAGAAACAGAAGUUGGUUUUUGGCGGGAGAGAGUUGUCGAGGAAUAAUUCGCUUGUUCGAGAUUAUGGUGUGUGUAGCGGUGAUGUGCUUCAUUUGAUUAUUGGGGUCUCGGAUUUGCUUGUGAUAACGGUUGAGACCGCGGUUGGGGAGGAGUUUGAGUUUGAGGUUGAUAGGUUUAGGAAUGUGAAGUAUUUGAAACAGUUGGUGUUGGAAAAGGCUAAAGGGGUUGGAUUGAUUAUUGAUGUUGAAGAUCAUGAGAUUUUGUGUAAUGGUGAGAAGCUUGAUGAUCAUAGGUUGAUUGAUGAUAUAUGUAAUAAUCAUGAUGCUGUGGUUCAUUUAGUGGUUGAAAGGUCAGAUGAUAGGAAUCUUGUUGAGGAGGAGAUGAAUUUGAAGAAGCCCCCGGAUAUCGAUUCGCCGUUGCAGGCGGUUACUGUCGGCCCGAGUCGUGAACUAUCUUCGAUUAUAUCGAGUAUGGUGGAUUCGGCGUUUGAGGGGCUGCGAAAAGGGAGAAAACCGAUUAGAUCGUCGGAGGGGACCGGAGGGACAUACUUUAUGCAGCAUCCGUCAGGGAAUCGGUAUGCUGCGGUUUUCAAGCCGAUAGAUGAAGAACCGAUGGCGGUGAAUAACCCUCAAGGGCUGCCUGUGUCGAAAAACGGUGAAGGGUUAAAACGGGGGACGAAAGUAGGUGAGGGCGCAUUGCGGGAAGUUGCAGCAUACAUACUAGACCACCCGAAGGGCGGGCCACGGGGUUCUGGGGAUACGGAGACCGGUUUUGCGGGUGUGCCUCCUACGGUCAUGGCGAAAUGCUUAAACGGAGAGUUUAAUCAUCCGAAAGGUUAUGAUGGUGGACCGGGGAAUGUCAAGCUCGGGUCGUUACAAAUGUUUAUGAAAAACUGUGGAAGUUGCGAGGAUAUGGGUCCUCGCGAUUUUCCGGUGGAAGAGGUUCAUAAGAUCGCGGUGUUUGAUAUAAGGGCCGCGAAUGCUGAUAGGCAUGCUGGGAACAUUUUGAUGAACCGCGAAGGUGAUCGCGUGGUGCUAAUUCCUAUCGACCAUGGUUACUGCUUGCCUGAAAACUUUGAAGAUUGCACAUUUGACUGGCUCUACUGGCCACAAGCGCGCGAACCAUUCUCGCGUGAAACCGUGGACUACAUCCAAACACUGGACGCUGAGCAAGACUUGGCGGUCCUGAGCUCAAACGGAUGGGACCUGUCGCGUGAGUGUGCACGCACUUUACGCGUAUCUACUAUGCUUUUAAAGAAAGGUGCAAGCAGAGGACUGAGUCCUUACACCAUAGGGCGGAUUCUAUGUCGAGAGACUCUCAACGAGGAAUCCAUUAUCGAAAAAAUUCUCCAGAAGGCUUCCAGUAUUAGGCUCCCCGGAACAGCUGAAGCCGAGUUCCUUGCAAUCGUUUCGGACCUCUUAGAUUUUGAGCUUGACAAGGUUUCAGGGAAACAUGAUCUUUAAGGUCUUGGGUUUGGUUUGUGUAGGUUGUAUGUACGAUGUAAGGUGUGGAUGAUUGAUUGCUUUGUUGUCAAAGUUACGACAUUUUUACUACGAUCUAUCUCUGUAUAGACAUGAGAUUACGUAAUUAUAUCAAUAAACUUUGAUUUUUAGCGUAA